AUGAUACGAUGGCAGAAUCGACGACGACCACGACCUACAAUCAACCUCCACACCAACGUACUGAAUUAUGGACGCACCGAUCUCUAUGGCCACUUGCUCGGCAUGUUUGCAGAACUACACGUCCUCGAUGCGCUGGAUAUCACUCCAUCCCAGCUGUUGGAUUUCUUGAUCGACGUUGACACCACCUAUUUGAGCGCCCCAUAUCAUUCGUUCUACCAUGCGGUCGAUAUCGUCACCAUGCUGUACUACAUGCUGGUUGAGCUCGAGGCCGAACGGUACCUAUCAUCGCUUGACAUUGCUGCCCUGCUGCUUGCAGCUUUGUGCCAUGAUGCUGGCCAUCCUGGAUACAACAACCUGUACCAGGUCAACUUCAAGACAGAUCUAGCCUCGCGCUACAGCAACACUUCGGUGUUGGAAUCCUACUCGGUUGACAUUACCCGAGACCUGUUGCACAGACACAAGCUACUCAAGAAUCUGGGCACGGGCCCGAAGAAGAACAGAACCAAGAAUCAACCUUCUCAUCUUGACGAGGGCGAUGCGUCGGGAGAAGUAAGCCAAGACGGUAACCGCAAGAACAAUGGCGGACUACUCAACGACACGCAUCGACAAAGUCUGAGCCGGAUCUUACUGCAUGCAGCCGACAUUAGCAACACAGUGCGUCCUUGGCCGAUCUCGAAACAAUGGUCGGACUUGAUUGUUCAAGAGUUCUUCCGCCAGGGCGAUGCCGAAAAGGCUGCAGGGCUCGAAGUCUCUCCUGGCAUGGACCGCGAUCAGUCAACUCAGCCUAACAUCAGUCUCAAGUUUGGUGACCUGCUUGUCCAACCCUAUUUUCAAGCACUUGCUGCAUUUUUACCUUCCGCCCGUGUCUUUCUGGACACCUUGGCCGAGAAUCGAUGCGAAUGGGAACGGCUCAAA